AUGUAUAAUGGCAAGGAUAGAGCACAAAACUCCUAUCAGCCAAUGUACCAAAGAUCUAUACAGGUACAAGGGCAACAGCAAUCUCAAUCAUUUGUGGGAAAGAAGAGCACGAUUGGAAGUGUACAUGGAAAGCCCCCUAUGUUAAUGGCCAAUAAUGACGUUUUCACCAUUGGACCCUAUAAGGCAAGAAAGGAUAGAAUGCGGGUAUCUGUAUUGGAAAAAUAUGAAGUUAUUGGCUACAUUGCUGCGGGUACAUACGGAAAAGUAUACAAAGCAAAAAGGCAAGUGGGUUACGGUACGAGUCCAGCCAAUGGUACAAGCCUGAAUGGCAUCAAUGCGAAGAUUCCGCAGUUUGAUAACACGCAAUCAAAAUCAAUCUCUUCGAUGGAAAUACAGGCAAAUGCAAAUACAUUACGAAGAAACUUACUAAAAGAUGAAGGAAUAACACCCGGAAGGAUACGAACUACAAGAGAGGACAUAUCUUCCCAGUAUAAUUUGCAAAAACAAAUUCCUGGUAAGAAACCCUUGACAGUAUUUUAUGCCAUUAAGAAGUUCAAAACAGAGAAAGAUGGUGUUGAACAACUGCAUUAUACAGGUAUAUCUCAAAGUGCCUGUAGAGAAAUGGCGUUAUGUCGAGAAUUGCACAAUAAACAUCUAACUACAUUGGUAGAAAUUUUUCUGGAGAGAAAAUGUGUCCAUAUGGUGUACGAAUACGCGGAGCACGACCUUCUGCAAAUCAUCCAUUUCCACUCCCAUCCCGAAAAAAGGAUGAUACCACCAAGAAUGGUUCGAUCUAUCAUGUGGCAGCUUUUGGACGGUGUAUCGUACCUUCAUCAAAACUGGGUACUUCAUCGUGAUUUGAAACCUGCCAAUAUAAUGGUCACUAUAGAUGGGUGUGUUAAAAUUGGAGAUUUAGGGUUGGCAAGAAAGUUUCACAACAUGCUGCAAACUCUUUAUACCGGAGAUAAGGUGGUUGUUACCAUAUGGUAUCGUGCACCAGAGUUGCUGUUGGGAGCACGACAUUAUACUCCUGCAGUUGAUCUGUGGUCCGUUGGUUGUAUUUUUGCAGAAUUAAUAGGGUUACAGCCCAUAUUCAAAGGUGAAGAAGCUAAGUUAGACUCCAAAAAGACUGUUCCAUUCCAAGUGAAUCAGUUACAAAGGAUCCUAGAGGUUCUUGGCACUCCAGAUCAAAAAAAUUGGCCCUACUUGGAGAAGUAUCCGGAGUAUGAUCAGAUUACCAAGUUCCCGAAGUAUAGAGAUAACCUAGCUACAUGGUAUCAUUCUGCGGGAGGAAGAGACAAGCAUGCUUUGAGCUUACUUUACCAUUUGUUGAACUAUGAUCCAAUUAAAAGAAUCGACGCUUUCAAUGCUUUGGAACAUAGUUAUUUUACAGAAAGUGAUAUUCCUGUCAGCGAAAAUGUAUUUGAGGGGCUAUCUUAUAAAUAUCCAGCAAGAAGAAUUCAUACAAACGAUAACGACAUCAUGAAUCUCGGCUCAAGAACGAAAAACAACGUACAAGCUUCAGGAAUAACUGCAGGCGCUGCCGCAAAUGCCCUAGGAGGACUCGGUGUUAAUCGUAGAAUCUUAGCAGCCGCUGCCGCUGCUGCUGCUGCAGUUUCAGGAAAUAAUGCAUCAGAUGAGCCAUCUCGAAAGAAGAACAGAAGAUAG